UGUUCACUCCAGUUUUCUUUAAAAUUAUACACACUCAAUUAUAUUUGCGGAAUAAUUCUUGAAACUAUGAUUGAACUUGACCCAGAUCCCAUUGAAUUGUGUUAUGAAAAGGCUAUAAGAAUAACUCGGUAUUUGGUGUAUUUAAUAUGGGCGGCCUGUUUCAUCAUAAAUGGCAUAAACAUUUGGUACUAUUUCAGUGAACUGCAGAAAAUGAGAGAUUGCUGGAGCUGUCUAUACAAGAUUUACAAGUUUGUAGGAUUGGGUUUGGCGGUUUCCCUGCUGCCGAUACUCUUUCUGGCAAUACCUUUUGUGCUCUUGAAUGCAGUUCGACAACUUCGAAUCCAUGUGAUGAUCCUGUUUCUGGCCGCAUGGCUGGAGAUGCUAUUGGAUCUUGUGCAAUCACAACAAUAUCCUGCCAUUAGCGAUGUGGUUCGAAUUUGGCAAUCGGGUCUGUCCUUAAAAUAUUUUGAAGAAACCUAUCAAUGCUGUGGAGUGUUGGGUCCUAAAGACUACAUAGUUUUUCAAAAACCAAUCCCAGAAUGGUGUUAUUUGAAUUACAAACUUGUACCGGAGGGCCUCUACAAAAUUGGAUGCUCCACUGUGAAAAUGAUGCCCGCUCGGAGUUAUUAUAACGAACUCAUCUAUUCUGUAGUGCAGUUUGCUUUGGUCCUGAGCAUCGUCACGUACUGGAAACUACUGUUACGCAUUGAGCAUCAUAGAGCCAGUAUUUUAGAUCGGAAUAGAGGCUAA